AUGAUUAAUUUAUUUUCUAAAUAUAAGAAAGGAACAUCUACUUCAUCAGCCGAUUCUGCUAUCUCAUGGAAUAGUUAUGUUGAAAUUGUUGAAAAUAUAGAUAUUGAUAGAUUAUCUGAGAAUAGUAUUUUUCUUCUUAUUUAUACUUGUGAUAAACAAAUCAUUCCCGUUGUUGCUGAUGAAAAUUGUUUUGUUACUGAAGUUUACAAGAAAUGUUGUACUUAUUUAGGUAUUCAAGAUUUAGCAUAUAUGGGAUUAUCUGUAAGGAAUACAAUAUUUAGUGAUGAAAGUUGUGCCAACAAAAAGCAAUAUGAAUAUUAUUUUAUUGAAAAUGAAAUAAAAUUAUGCAAAGCAUUAAAAAUGUAUUCACAUUUACUAGAUUUGCAAAAGUAUGGUAAAAACUCAGAUGGUGUUAUAACAUUAUAUAUGAGAAUAAAAUAUUUUACUCAAAAUAUUUCAUUAAUUCGUUGUCAAAUUGUCUUACGACACUAUUAUCUUCAAUUAAGAAAUAAUUUUCUCCAAAAUCAACAUAUCUAUUCACUUUGUAAUGAAGAAUUAUACUGGUAUUUUAUAUAUCAUAUUAUUUUGGCUGAUGGACAUGGAAAUGAUUCAAAUAAAUUACCUUAUCAUAAAUAUUUUCCAGCAUGGAUUCUUAAAUUUCGUGGUAUACUUUUUAUUAAAAAUAGUCUCGAUCAAUUAAAUUUACAACAUAAUAUAAAUAAUAAAGUAAUAGCAAUGAAAAAAUUUUGUGAAGAAAUUACAAAUAAUACUACAUUUUCUUUAAAUGCUCAUCUAUAUUUUCUUAGAAUGAUAAUAAGAAAAAAUGAAAUUAUAAAUAUAACAUUUGCCAUAUCUGAUGAAGGAAUAGUUUUAUGGAAUACCAAUUAUAAACAAAUGUCAGUGGAGUGUAAAAAAGUUAAAUGGAAUAAAAUUUGUAAAAUAUUAUUAUGUAAAGAUAAGAUUAUGAUUGAAAGUAGUGAUGGUUUUUGUGGUGAAAUUUUAUGCCAAUCUAAGAAAGAUGCAAAAGAAAUUUUUUUAUUUUGUAAAAGAUUCCACCAACAAACUUUACAUUUUAAUUUACAAGCUUAUAAUAAUGCUUAUAUAUUUGGAGAUAAUUUUAGUAUUUUUAGUUAUUCAGAAUCAGAUGAUCAUAUUGAAGUAUAA